GCGGGCGUGCAAAAGGCCGAGGCCAUCACAAUUGCGUGGUCAUUCCGACCUCUGAUCGGAGCCUACGUCUGCAUUUGGUUCGUCUAUUUUGUCCAGGGCAUUGUCGUUGGCGUCAGCAACGCCUUAAUCCCCUACGUCACAUCUAGCUUCGCCGCUCAUUCAUUGAUCCCAACCACCGGUGUCUUGAGCCAGGUGAUUGGCGGCGUCUCAAAUCUUUGCAUCGCCAAAAUCCUGGACAUCUUUGGUCGGCCUCAUGGAUUCCUACUCUGUGUGAGCAUUGCUACCAUCGGUCUUAUCAUGGCUGCUGGCUGCAAUGGCGUGGAAGCAUAUGCUGCAUCUCAGGUCUUUUACACUGUCGGAAUCAAUGGUCUCGGAUACUGCCUCAGUGUCUUCAUUGCAGAUACAUCUUCCCUCCGCCGUCGAGGUCUCAUGCAAGCCUUGCUCAAUUCCCCGUACAUCAUCACAUCCUGGCUAGCAGGUCCUAUUUCCACUUCGUUCUUGAACGGCAGUGGCUGGCGCUGGGCUUUCGGAAUGGAAAGUAUUCUACUUCCUUGUGUCGCUUUACCUCUCUUCGGCUUGUUCAUGUACCACUACAGGAAGGCCAAAAGAGAUGGCAUUGUUCCGGCGCGACCAGCGAGUGGACGUACAUUAUGGCAAGCAACCGUGUAUUGUGCGCGUCAAUUUGACCUUGUUGGACUCCUGCUGUUAUCCGUUGGGUUCGCUUUCUUCCUCCUGCCUUUCAAUCUAUACACCAUGGAAGCGAAGGGUUGGGGAUCUGCUAUGAUCAUCUGUUUCCUCGUCUUCGGAAUCUUGUUCAUCGCUGCAUUUGUUUGCUGGGAGAGAUUCUUCGCGCCAAUCAGUCUCACCCCAUGGGAAAUCCUUCGAGAUCGCACAGUCCUUGGCACCGGCAUGGCAGGCUUCACACUUUUUGCGAGCUAUUCAGUCUGGAACCCGUACUUUAGCUCUUACCUCCAAGUGGUUAACGGCCUGGACGUUACUAAUGCAAGCUAUAUUGUACAGUCCGGCACAGUCGUCCAAAUCAUCGCAAACAUCGUAACAGGCCUCGUCAUCACAUUCACUGGACGCUACAAGCCAAUCAGCUUAUACGUCGCCAUCCCCCUGAUCGCCCUUGGAACAGGCCUGCUUAUCCAUUUCCGCGAACCCACCCUCUACUUGGGCUACAUUGCCAUGUGCAACAUCUUCCUCAACUUUGGCUUCGGCAUUUUCAUGAUCACUGUCGAGAUCGGUAUCUUAGCUGCUGCUAGUGCACAGCAAUACUUCGCCAUCACCAUUGCUCUGCUGAACCUAUUCACUUAUAUUGGCAGCGCAGUCGGAUUUACAAUUUCCUCUGCAAUUUGGCAAAGCACACUUCCCGAGAAGCUGGUUUUGCAUCUUCCUCCAGAGGCUCGAGGAAACCUCACUACGAUUUUCAGUUCCAUUGGAGAGCAGUUGGCCUAUGAGUGGGACUCACCCGUCCGUUUGGCCAUCCAGCACGCAUAUGGUGAUACUUGGCGGUUGUUGUUGAUCACUAGUGUUUGCUUCUGGGCUUUGGGCUUAGCCUCCACGCUGGUGUGGAAGAACAUGAAUAUCAAGGGUGUCAAGCAGAACAAGGGCUAUGUCGUUUAG